GGGAGAGGGACAGAGAGAGGGACUCUCUCGCGGAGAAAAAUACUAUUUAAAAAUAAAGGACUUUAGAUCUCGAGAGAACUAGAACCCCUUGGGUAUCGAUAUAGAGUCCACGUCAGAGAGAGGGAAAGAGGGGGUGUGUAAAGAAAAAGGGGUGAAGGGAGAGACAUUUGGCUCGCUGUAGCUAACUUUUUGCAGACGUGACUAGCUAGCCAACUGACAAACAGAUUGUUAAUACAAUGCCAUGGAAUUUAUGAAUAAACAUUAUCAACCAAGAGCUCAAGUUCACGCAAGCUCAUCCGUUGAGAUUGUAAAUAACGCCUGACCGAUUUAAUUUUGGACCGUUUUUGAAGAAGACGAGAACGGGGUUGAUUCCUUUUGAAUAGCCUACUUUUGUCGUAAAAACAGUGAAGCGACUUUUCUUGCUCACUGUAUGUGCAUUGGAACCUGUUUUUCCACUGCUGCCUCGAUGUUCUCUUGUUUUCCGUUGUGUUCAUGCCUGACAGUUCUCACGGAAACAGACCCAUAUAGCAGCUCGCAGUCGGCACCCAAGCUGUUCUGAUGGACUCCAGAUAACAGCACCACUCCUCAUCUUCCAGUCCCAACCUUUAACCCCCCACCUCCUCCUCCACCUCGUCUCCUCGGUGGUCUGGUUGGUCUGUCGGAGCCCCAGGAUGACAGACCCUAAUGGGUCUGUGGGGGAGGGCUUGGCAGAGGUGGAUGCCUGCAGCCUGGAGAUCGAGAGGAAGUAUGAGGUCAUCCCUGCCGUCAUCUGCUCCAUGUGCUGCCUAUUCGGCAUCAUCUACUGCUUCUUCGGCUACCGCUGCUUCAAAGCGGUCAUGUUCCUGUCGGGCCUGAUGUUUGGCUCGGUCAUCAUCUUCCUGCUGUGCCACAAGGAGCGGGUGCUGGACACCCAGCUGAGCGUAGAGGCCUCGGCGGGUAUUGGCCUGGGCAUCGGCCUGCUGUGUGGCCUGGUCACCAUGCUGGUGCGCUCCGUGGGCCUCUUCAUGACAGGCCUCCUUCUGGGCCUGCUGCUCGCCCUCGCCGCCCUUCUGGCUACCCACCAGUUCUACACCCCCACCACCGUCUGGGUGCCCCUGGGGGCACUGCUGGGCACGGGCAUGCUGUUCGCCGUGCUCACCCUGCAGUGGCAGAAGCUCUUUACGGUAUUGUCUACGUCCGUGUUCGGGGCAGCCAUCAUGACGGUGUGUGCUGACUACUUUGUGGAGAUGCUGGCGCUGGCCAGCCAUGUGUACGAGUGUCUGAGGCUGUCGCCGCCGCCACCGCUCUGCUGGUACAGCUGGGUGAUCCUGGGUAUCUGGCCGACACUCAGUUUCAUGGGGGUACUGGUGCAGUGGAAGCUGACGGCUGAAGGCUUCUCACACACUGAGGUCAUCAUCAGCAGGAGGCAGAAGCGGGUCCAGUUGAUGCGGAUCAGGCAGAAAGAUGCCAAGAAGCGGCAGCAGAGCGGUGGGCAGGAGGGCACUUACCGUCGCAAGCCUACCCCUGUCAAACGCUACGCCGGAGACCUGCUGGCACCGAGUUACCUGCAGAGUCUGAGGGACAGACAGAUGGGCACAGGCAACUCCCUCAGCAGCCUGGGCACUGCCAACCACACCAUGAUUGACUUUGACUACGAGACUGGCUCCACCGUGCCCCUCACCGCCACUACACCGGUCAUCAGGGUCUGACGCACUGAGGGACAAGCAGGGGACCAACCACUUGUUUCUUGACCCUCCUCCACAGUUCUCCCAAUGUUGACCCUACAUACUGCUAUUUUAGGGCCUCAGCUCUUAUUUAGGCAAUGUUCGAGUCUAUUGAAUAGCGAAUCUACCUUCCAUUGAGAUGGAAUAGAGCCUUGAAUGCUGUCCAAGUGAAGAUCAAUGCACCAAUAGAUCCUAGCACAACUCCAGUGUACUAUACUGUAGCUCUCAGCCUGUCAAUGCUGGACGUUUGGAAUGGCAGACUGGAGAGUGAUGGAAUGGUUCCUCUGUCUGUGAGCUGUUCCCUGAGAGCGGUUGGGGGGAUGUUUGGCCUCCUGUUUGAUGUGUGCUUUAACCACUGUGUCAAUAGACUGGGCCUGUGUAGAGAGAGAGAGAGAGAGAGAGAGAGAGAGAGAGAGAGAGAGAGAGAGAGAGAGAGA